UCUGAAACAAUUGAAACAAUGGAUGAAGUAAAAAAGGAAGAAUCUUAUGAAAUAUUCAAUGAAAUUAUAAAAAUUCAAAAUAUUCCAAACAGUUCAGUUAUAUCCAAUGAAGAUAUUUACAAAUUUUUUAUUAAAAAGGGAAUUUUGUCAACAGAAGAAGAUCCUAAGAUCUUGAUUAAGCAUUUUGUUGGCAAGUACAGAAGAAAGAAACUCGACAGUUACCAUUUAAAAUAUGAAGAAUUCCAUAAUAUGUCAAAUGCAUUUCCAGCAAUCAAAGAUUAUAUCAUGGAAAUGCGUAAUGAUAAAACUAAGAUUAAUCAAUCAUUAAAUAACUGA